AUGUCAUCUUCGCUAAAAACCUUAGGCCCUCUCUUGGUCCUGCUGUUUCCCCUAUGCGGGCUCCUUGCAGACAGCCAGAACCUUUCCUGGAGGGAAUUCAUGAAACAGCACCACCUGAGUACAAGCUGGGAAUUCGGUGACUAUAGAUGCAAUAAUCUCAUGAGGGAAAGAUAAGCUCCAAAAGACAAGAACUAUCACAUCUUCAUCUAUACCUUAUGGCACCAAAUUGAGCAUAUAUGCAUCAGGAACUGGAGAGAUCGCUACAGAAAUGUAUAUAUAUGGGCCCCAUAUCCCUUCAAAAUACUCAAGUGUGACCUGGCAAAUAACAAAAAGAGCUAUAAAGAGCAGAGGAGCUACAGCUAUAUUGAAUUCCAUUGCGGCAUGAGUGGGUUUGUUGAUAGCAUAGAGGACAUCCGAUUGUUAGAAGGUAUCAGCAGCUAG